CGCUCCUAGAAGAAGACCCCGAUGCCGUCGUCAAUUGGCAACUCUUCCGCCGCCGAAAUCCAGUCACAGUAACCUAACACCCCACUGAUUCUCGGCAACCCAUCUCCAUUUUUUCUCCAGGUUCGUGCUUCUUUUCCCUCUUGGAAUGAGGGAAUCGAGGUUUACAUUCCUUCAGUUACGGUUCUGAUUCUCUCCAAUUGUUUGUGCUUGUGUUCCGCUAAUCUAGGGUUUCCAAUUGGCAGCGAGAGUUGAAAGGAGGAAAGAUGGACAUAAUCUCGCAAUUACAAGAGCAAGUAGACACAAUCGCUUCUCACGCAUUCAACACGAUCGGGACGCUGCAGAGAGAUGCUCCCCCGGUGCGCCUGUCGUCCAAUUAUCCCGAGCCACCACCGCCGCCGCCGGCCAACCCUGCGGAGGAUAUGGCGGAGCAGUCUAAGCAAAUGAGUGUGGCUCUCGUCAAGGCUGCUAAGCGGUUUGAUGCUCUGGUGACUGCACUUCCAUUGUCAGAGGGUGGUGAAGAAGCUCAACUGAGAAGGAUUGCCGAACUCCAGGCUGAGAAUGAUGCUGUAGGCCAAGAACUCCAGAAGCAACUGGAAGCGGCUGAGAAAGCGCUGAAACAGGUGGUUGAGCUGUUUGCUCAGGCGACAGACAACUGCCUUAACUUGAAGAAACCAGAUUAGCGAAAUGUUGAGCCCACGAAUGAGGGAAUUCGUUUGGUUAGAAAAGGUUAUGCUCUUGAGUUAGCAAUUGGGUUGCGGACUCGCUGUACAGUUUAGCAAACGGCAUGGGAGGUUGGUUUCAGAACCUCGUUCCAAAAAAUUUGUCCCAAGUCUCGUAUUUCUUCGCUGGUAUCCAAUAAUCCAUGUCUAAUAUAAGUUCUAAGGCAUGUUUGUGGUUGUAGUAGUAGUACAUGUAAUCUUCAAGCAAACAGCAGCUGGUCAGAUGAAGGCAGAAUCUAACCCAGAUGUAGUUGCUUCUUCUUCUGCUGCUACUAUCUGCACUAGAAUUUAGUGGUACGAGUAUUAACCCAUGCCCUUUGUACUCCUUGAUGCUAGUUAGUGUCAAAAUGUACUGAUUGAAUUGUUUGUAAGCAAUGUUGCAGCUUGCUUAUUGGAUUGGAUGGCGAAGAUAACACAAGUUACGAAACAACGGUAUCAGUCACUUGCUUUCACACGCCGCUCAACACCAUAGCUGAACCUCGUUGAAUCAGUUCAAUCAUCAAUGUCGAAGGUGUGCAAAACAAUGAUGGCAGUACUAGAAAUCUCCUUCAACAUUUUGCCUGUGAGAUCAAGAAUAAGUAAAUUACUAACGUUCAAGUACCUGCACGAGUCAGCAACUAGAUUCCUUCCAACAUCCAAGUAUGAAUGGAAGAAAAACACUGUAAAAAAUUGUGUACAUCUUGUAAAAUAAGUCAAAACUCACCACUAAAGUUUGACAAAAGUG